AGCCCCCAACCUCGGUCCAUCUACGAGUAUCAAAAACUGGAACUCCAAUUUUGGGAGCUAUCAGUGCGCCGGAGGGGUCGGAGGAGAGUUUAGAUUGCGUUGCAAAAGGCGGUAAUCCUCCCCCAAAGCUGAAAUGGUAUCUGGGAGAAAGAGAAAUGGCGGAAGCGCAGUCGGGUCAGAAUGCCGCGGGCGAUUUUGUUUCAACAAUCCAUCUUUCAAUGACGAGGGGCGAGCAUGGGAAAAGUGUUCGAUGUGAAGCGAAGCACCCCGCACUCACGAAGAUGGUGGAUGUUAAAUCUUUCCUAGACAUUCAAUAUGCUCCUGAGGUAAAAAUAACAAAGUCCAGCCCUCUGAGGAACCUGGAGGAAGGUUCCACUGUAACCCUGAGCUGUGUUGUGGAUAGUAACCCGUCCUCCAGUAUAAUCUGGUACAGGGACGGAUCAGGAGAGAUCGUGAGCAGGACGGCAGGUUUCGAGUUGCUCAGGGUGGAGAGGGAGCAGGCGGGGAGGUACUUCUGUCAGGCCAACAACACCCUUGGCUCCAGCAACCCGCAGUUCGUGGAUAUUGAUGUUUUAUUUGCUCCUGUGAUUGAUUCGGUUGGUCCUAGUUCCAAGGUUCGGAGUGUGUACGGGAGCAAGAUGGUUCUAACUUGCUCCGCUACUGGAAAUCCUGCUCCGACAUACAAGUGGAUACAGUAUACAUCAGCAGGUUUGGUGGUUCGAGGAGAGGAGAGGGAUCUAGUAAUCGAUCGCUUGAUCUACGAUGACGAGGGAAGCUACGAGUGUCGAGCUGUUAAUAAGAUCUCGCGUCAAGCGCAGGAAACCAGGAGUAAACUCAUUCAGGUUGACGUGUAUGGGUCUCCGAAAGUGACUGAAAAGGUGUCCGAAGUCUAUGUUACCCGAGGUUUGACAGGACAGGUCUCUGUUGAGUUUUGCUCCGACCCCCUCCCCAAGCAGACAUGGCAUAUCGACAGCAACCCCGGACAGAAAAUCCUCAUCAGCGAAGGCUCCUCUCAUGAAGGAUACAAAGUUCUAAACGCAACUAAAUCUGCGAAAUCUAAUUGCUACCUCUCCACCCUUGAGAUUGCAGAGGUGAAGGAUGAGGAUCGAGCAGAGUAUGUCGUCCAUUUUGAAAAUGAACAUGGCCGAGAGAUUCAUACGGUUAGGGUUAAAAUUGGUGCAUUUCUGGGAAAAGAGACAUUGAUUGGUGGAGUAAUCGGUGGAGGAUUGACUAUACUUAUAGUUCUACUUUUCCUAAUUUGCUGUUGUGCGAAGUGUUCCCGAAAUAACAAGGCUGAGAAGAGGGAUCAAGAAAGUGGAUCCGUAGAGGUUUGGAGUACCGGUAGUGUUAAUAGUGACACUGAACGUAGCGAGAUGAGUACAUCUACUGCACAGACACAGCAAAGUACAGCUACACAUCAGAGUACAGCAACAACGUCCAGUCAUAACACAUCGCACAGCGGAUUGAGCACUCACAGCGCUGUUAGCGCUAGUACACAGCACAGUAUUCUUAGUUUUAACACACGUCACAGCUCUACGUCUCCCCGACGAAGUGUUGCGUCCCCCGGACCCUGCUCCCCGGCGUCCAGAGCUGUUUCUCCGGGAUUUACUCCUGAUCUUAUUCAAAAUCACUGCGAUAAGAAAAAUGUUUCGUUUACCGAGGAUAUAUCGAUUUCACAGGAGUGUAUGAGGGGACGAGUAGCUACCCCGCCGGUCAGUUAUAACGACCUCUGCUUCCCUAAAACUUCAAACUAUGGAAGCAUGAGGAAGCAAGGACGAUGUGAUAUCCUGAGUAGGACGAAUAUUAAGAAAAUCGAGGAUAUCAUCAGAGAAAAUGAACUUGCCGGAAACAAUGUUCGACGGAAAAAUUAUCAUGUGAAUUCCGAAUAUCAGUUUACUUAGUCAAAAGCGCGAAAAAAAACAUUAAAUUUGUUAAAACGGAAAGAAUUUCUUUUCUAAAUCCUACCAAUGAGAUAAAGAACAGUCUUGAAUAGAUAAUGAGCUGAGAGUCUCAGACGGAGAAUGAAACCCGCAAAUCCAUGAAAUGCGAUACGAUAAGAAAAUCCGGGAUUUAAAUAAAAUCCUUGAAAUCAAAUGAGAUGGAAAAUCUGCCAAAACAUUAGAUUAGUGGAAAACCAACCGAAACAUCUCAGGAAGCCUCUUAUCUAGAGGUUUCUUCGUUUAACUUAACAUUCGAGUUAAUCAAUCAGUCACAUUUGGGUUUAGAUAAACCCUCUAAAUUUUAUCAAAUGUCAUUAAUAUGAUUAUAUAGGUUAUGAUUGGUGUAUAGUUAUUUAAUAUUUAUCUUUUAAGCUUGUUCUUGACUAAUUAAUUUACUGAUGCAUACAUUCUGAUUAUAAACCAAAUUAGUAGCUUUAAAUAAAUAUCAUCUCAUUUUUAUCAUUUUUAUCAAUCCCUGAUUUUUUUGUAUUAUAAUACCAAAGACGGAACCUUUU